UUAAAAAUUUCCUCGAAAUAAUACAUAACUAUAGGGAACAAAAGAAAUUGUAACUAUUAUUUGCAACAUUUAAUUACUAUGGAAAAUGACGAAGCCAAGGAUUUAGGUGAUGCUGAUUUUGCUAAGUGUUCUGCUGUGAACAAAUUAAUUUUGGAUUAUUAUAGGAAAUUUGGCCGUAAGAGAGAUAUAGAGCAGUUUUUUUCAUUAUCAACAGCUCAACAAGAUUUGGGUGAGCCUUCUAGUUUGUUUUGGAAAAGAAUGAAAGAACAAAACGAUUCUUCUGACUCUGGUGAUAGAAAGACAGGCUCCUCCACGGAAUUGUGUAGAAUAUCAAUAAAAUGCUCGAUGGAAGAUCCUCCCACAUCUAAGGCUUAUAAAAAUACAGGCAGUGACACAGAAUCUCCUCCUAUCAUCAGUGAUGAUCAUCCAGACAAAUGUUCGGACUCAGGAGAUGACUCAAAUAAGUCGGAUGGAGAACACUCACAUAAGUCAAUUGAUAUGACUUUGGAUACGUCAUUAAAUCGGCCCCACUCCCCCACGAGUAGUAUUACAUCUCAAAGAAAACUAGAGUGGGACUCUUUAGCUGAUGUGGGUUAUGGUAAUGAAAGCGACAGAAAGAAUUCUGCUUCGAGUCUCAGUACCCUAGAAAGGCUAGCUUUACACCAACAAUACUCAAAUAAUGAUACAAAAACAAAUUCUGAAUUGGGUAUUCCUACAGCUCAUUCUACACCUUUAGACCAAACUGAAAACAAAUCUAAAAUAAAAAAAGACAGUAACAAAAAGAUACCUAAAUUUUCUAAAAAAGAUGUUGACAUAAUGGAAGUUAAUAUUCCAAAUAACUCUGAUAAUAGAAAUCAACCAAUAAAUGUUAAUUUGACAAAACAUAUAUCAUUUAAUGUUGAAAAAGAUGGGGCUGUUAAAAUUGAUAAUAUGAACAAGAAAAUGUCUAUAAGUCAAAAUAACCCAACAUCUGAUGCACUAAAAGAUAAUGUAGAUAAAGAAAUACAAACAACUUUACCAAGAAACUCCAAGGACAAUGAGCCAUUGUCAAUAAGAGAUACUUCGAGUAGGCCAAGAUUUCCCAUUUUGAUUAAUUUAAAUUCUAUAAGAAAUAGGAAGAAAAAACGAAAAAGAAAACUUUCAAGAUCAAAGAAAAGAGCAACACUUGAUAAGGAAAAUAUCCCGCAGGAGAAAAGUAUAAACCAAGAGUCAGAUGCUGAGAGUUUUGAAUACAUGCCUGGUCAUGUGUACAAUCAAAACAAACUUGGAAGUAGAAGCUCCGUUGUGAACAUUGCUGAUAAUAAAUCAAGUCUUGAGUCAAGUGCCGGUCAUACUACAGAGUCCAGCAAAGAUUUUCAAUGUACCUUCACAAAGGAGCUAGAAAAAAGUAUUGAUUUACUAAAACUAGCUUUGCAACAUCGAUAUAAAAAUACGAGCUUAAAACAAAAGUUAGUAAAAGAAGUAGUCGAAAGUCUUAUUCAAACAAAGUUUAAAAAUGAUGGAAGCUCUAACGACAUUAUGUGUGGAUCUAACCGAAAUAUUCUGACAGCGUCUAGUACAUCAGAAAGUAAUAAUUUGGACAGUAAAAAACCCACAAAAUCUUUAUUGCAGGCAGAAAAAUUCAACUCUGGUGAUAUCGCUACAACAUCACAAAGUGUUCCUAAUUUACCAACAGUAUCAGCUGCACUAAGAUCCGAAAAUAUAUCAAAACCUGUCAAUAUAUCCAGCACUGAUUCAGAUCUUUCUUAUAAGGGCAAAUAUUUAUCUGAAGUUUUUCUGGCUAAUUCAUCUUCUGAAGAAAUUUAUAAAAAGUAUAUUAUAGCUUUAAAAAAAGAGAAUUUUUACAAAAGAAAAUUAAAAGAGCAGGAAUUACUACUGAGGCAAAAGACAACCCAGCAAGAUUGUCAGGCUCAGGUAAAAGAAAAAAGCAAUCUUGACCAUCUGGUCAAAGAUCUUGCUAAAAACAAUUUCGCUGAUGGAUCUGGAGAUGCCAGCAAUGCAUGUCCCUCAAGUUCUAAUGUUGAAAAUGGCUCAGGACAAAGAAGCAAAAGUCACACAGUUUUUACCCUUUCAUCAGGAAACAUUGACAACAAUAUAAAAAAAAAUAAAAAAAUAAAAAAUAGACUGGAAAGUGAAAUAAAUUGUUCAAUGGAAACAGGCUCAAAUACUCAAUGUCGAGGUUGCUCCGCUUACAGAAGUCAAAAAAUUGUGGUCACUGACAGCUCAGUGCAAGUCAAUUUUGAUAGUCAAUGUAUGAACAAGGCAGAAAAUAUAAAUCUUGAACAGAAUAUUCCCUUAGACACUGAAAAAAAUUCUUUCGAAAAUAUUCAAGAAAACAUAAAAUAUGUUUGCCUUUGCACUGAAGAUCCAAAUGAUAUACCUGAUAACUUUCUUAUCUAUAGAUGUUCGCGAAUGCCUAGCAAAUGUGUUAUGGUGGGUACUAACAUAAAAACAAAUACCUGUGUAGAUCAAAAAUCCGAAAAUUUAGAAUUGGUUUGCAAUGCAAACAACUGUGAAAAUAAGGAAGAAAUUGAGAAGAAAAAUUCUACAACAUCAACACAAUCAUCUCAAACUCAUUUUAGCCUACCGAACUUAAUAAGAAGCUCGUGCAAUAACGUUAUCAGCUCUGCCUUAGAAUAUAGAAGGUCCAAUAAAAAAGGUAAUGACAACUUUAUGGCGUCAUCAAGGAAAGUAUCUUGUUAUGCAUCAAAAUUGGCAAGAAUAACUCAAACAGAAAUAAGUAUAGACCCAAAAGUAUCGGAUCCAUCAAUAUCUGAUGUAAAACUCGUUGAAGUGGGCGAUUAUACAGAUAACGAGCAAAUAGAAAUCAGGAACGAUGUUUACAAAACGAGUGAUAGGAUUGGUAAAGAGCCAGAUGCCGAAUAUGUACAACCCAAAAAUAAUGCAUCUGAAACUCCUGCAUUGCCGAUAAAUAAAGACGAAAUGCGCCUAACAGAAAAACAUGAAAAACUUAAAAAAGAGGAUUCCAAAUUAAUAAGUCUACAGAACUUACAAUCUCAAAGCAAUUUUACUAUACCUAUAUUUGGUACAAAUAUGACACUAAAAGUAAGCCUAGACUCGAGAGAUUCUGGAGAGAAAAAGACUAAAGAUAUGAAACAUACAUACUCGCAACAGUCUCUAGGAUCUAAUGAAUUCGAAACUUUAAAAAGAGUUGAAAAAUACUCACAAUCAGAGAACUUACGCCAAAAACAAACUGAAUGUGUCGCAGUACAAACCUCUAAUAUGAGAGAGUUAGAAAAUAUUGACAGUGAUAUCAAAGUAUGCUAUACAGAAGCAAAGGAUGAUCAAACACCAACUACUUCUGCCUACAGGUAUGAAUCUGUUGACAUGAGAUAUUCUAAUACUUAUCCAAAAGAAAAGACACCUAAAGCGCCUUUACUUAGAUCUAACACUGACAGUUGUUUACCUAUCGAUCAAAACAAUGUUAAUGUGAGAGGAAAGCCACUUAAAGAACCUACAUCUCAAGCUGGUUCGGAUAGUUCAGAUAAAUCUCAAAAAGAGCCUUUUGCUAAACCUAAGUAUGAAUUGGGCGAAAAAGAAUUUAUUGAUUGUUAUACAUCAAUGGGUAGUAAAGGCAAGAAUUCAAAAGUAGAUUUAUCUGAGAAACCUUUGAUGGAACCUACAACUGAACCAAAUAGGAACAAAAAAGGAUUUACUGAUCGUCAAACAUCUAUGAGUACCAAAAAUGAUGAUUCAAAAGAUCGAACCUUAGAUAAACCUUUACUUAGAACUAUCUUAGAUUCAGAUAAAAGAGAAGUUUUCAAUCGACAUCCAUCGAAGGGUAAGGAAAAUAAUAAUUUAAGAGCACAUACACUUCAAAAACCUCUAGUAAAAUCUAAAACCAAUACAGAUAAAAAAGAUUUUAUUGAUCGAUAUACGUCUAUGGAUAAAGAAAGUGGAAGUUCGAAAGAAGGGACGUUUAAAAAAUCUACAAUUAGAUCUAACUUUAAUUUAGACGAAAAGAAACUUUUCGAUCACCAUACAUCUAUGGAAAAUGAAAAGAAGAUAAUAACAAAAGAGCAAACUCUUAUAAAACCCUUAUUGAGUUCCAUAGAUAUGUCUAUGGAACUCAAUAAGAAUGAAUUUUCUAAUCGUCAUAAUGAGAAAAAAAGUAACAACAGAAAUGGUGAAAAUUCAAAAACUUCGCCUGAAUCUAACAUUGGCUCUGGUAAUGAAAAUACUACUGCACCUAACAUCCAAAGAGACGUUAAUACACAAUAUGACACUUGCCUCGCACAAAUUCAAACAAAGGAUACAGCUACGGAAAUUACAAAUUCUUCUAAGAGUUCUACUGAUAUCAGGGAAAGUGGCAGACAAAAAUCUAGUAAACAUUCCGAAAAAACAAUUUCCUCUACAUCUCAAACAGAUGAGAGUAAAAGUUCUACUCAAGACCCUCUAUUGGAUAUCAUACGCGAUAUAACAAAGCGAUAUUCGAAAAAAGAGAUCGAUAAAAGUAAACGUAAGAAAUGUUACGCCGAAAUUAUUGCGGUACUUAAUUAUUUGUUAGACACUAGUGAAACAACAGAAAACGAGAGCACGAAAGUUCGAAAUUCGAGUAGCGAAGGUGUGAUUAAUUCCAAUAGAAGUCCUCGUAGAAUAAAAAGUGACAAACCAAAAAAGACAUCCCAUUAUGAUGUCAUAGACAACAAAGCGAGUACCCACGAUAGUGAAGUAGAAGAUAAAAAGAAAACAUUUAGAGAUAAAAGCGUGCAGCUGAGUCCGAGAAAGGCAAAGCAAAAUAAAUGUUGCGGUGAAUCUACUGAUUGUCCAAUAUCUACUGACAUUCACAGUACAUCGACUGAUUCCACUGCUUGUAAAACUCAACAUAAACUCAAACAUCACUGUGACAAACAUCAAUGUAGGUCUCACUGUAGAAAGUGCGAUGUUUCUAGCAGUUCCUCUGUAAAUUGUGAAUGCAAACAUCGCUGCUACUGUAGGGGACACAAGACGCAUAGAUCGCGAGCAUCAGAAAAAGCUAAGAAAUGCGUAGCUUACAACUUAAUCCUCCAAACUUCUGACAGUGUUGCGAGCGAAGAGAUUGACAAACAAAAAGUUGAGCGACAUCUAAAAAAUAUUGUUGUCAAAGUACCUUCAAAACGGAGGGUGGAAAAUAUGCAAUUUAAGGAGGUGAAUCAAAAAAUUGAGCGCAAUUUGCCUCGGCAUUUCGCUAAGGACUUUGGCGCAAGAAGUGUGCCUCAAGAUAAUGAAGUGUCAAGUACAGACAAUAUGAUGAGGAACACAGCGACAUGCACAAUUAGAGAUUACUUGGAGCAGAAUAGACCAGACUUUGUUGAGCGAACUACACAAAGGCAGAGUUGUUUAAAGUUGAUUAAUGAAGCAAGAGCCUCCGAGCGUGCGACCAAGCGCGCGGUGCUGUCGGCACACGUGGAUGUAGAUGAUGCGGACCUGACUCGACUCGCCGAAGUCCUGGGGAAGGACCUGAGGACUAGAAAAUUGGCUCCAAAAUUCAUAAGUGAGAAAGAGAUGAAAAAGCAUUCGGAGAAAAUUUACAACUCGUUACCAGAGGUGCAAAAGAAGAAGGAAGAUAUUAAAAAGGAACGAGUUAAAAAGACUAAUUUGCUGAUGGCGAAUAUGUUCAAAAAGAAUCUCCAAAAGAAAACUCUGCGAGGUGCUGUGAACUUAUCAAAUUAUAGUGCUGUCAUAAAAAUAUGACGAACAUUGCAUUUAUCAUUGACGCUUAAGGUGACGACGCUCUAGUAAACUACACGGUAGCCGAGCGACGCGACAGACCAAAUAUUCUUUGUAUGAAAUCGUAUGAGCUACACUACACUGCAUUCGGCAAGAAGCUACGCGACAAAAACCGACACUACUAAAGUGAGAUGUCACGUCGCGUACAGAGUAUGGUGUCCCAGUGCGGUCUCGCCUUUAAAAUAUAUAUUUGACUAUAACAAUAUUAAUGUUAUUUUUUUACAAUUUAAUUCAAACUUCCAUACCUGAAUUGAGGAAGUACUAUUUAUUUUAGUGACUUUAUGGUAGUGUUUGUGUUCAAAUGUUGUUUACUCAAAUAUCAUAU